GCUAUAACAACCUCAUAUUGGUCGAUCUAAUUGGAUACACAAUUGUAGAUUCUAGAGAGAGAGAGAGAAUAAAACAAUGGGUAAGAACGACACCAGAAUCCUCAUGCAAUUCGCAGUUCUUGCAAUGGUUUUAACCGCUGCAAUAAUGGUGAAAGAAGCUACGAGCGUUACCAUUUGUAAAAUCGACACAAACGAUAUGCAGAAAUGUCGUCCAGCCGUCACUGGAAACGACCCGCCACCUCCGGUCAAUGAUUGCUGCGUUGUGGUCCGAGCCGCUGAUCUAGGAUGCUUCUGCAGAUUCAAGUUUUAUCUCCCAAUUUUAGGAAUCGACCCAUCUAAAGUCGCUGCUCUCGUUGCCAAAUGUGGCGUUACAACUAUCCCUCCUUCUUGCCGAGCUUGAAGAAUUUGAGCUAGAGACAAGUCUCUAUGGCGCUGCAGACUUUGCUAGAACUUGUCCUGCAUCUGAUUUGAAAUUUCUAAAUUACAAUGUUUUUUUUAGUGUUUUGUUAAAAAUAAAUCACGAAUUUCUAAAUUACCGUGUUGUAUACAGUAAUGAAAAACAAUGAAGAACUGGUUUUGUGGGGUUACAUCUAUUAUAUGUAUCCUACUUUU